CAUGAAACUUUUAUGGAUGCGUGGAAUGCAGGAUUUGUCAGCAAUUUGAACAAGCAAAGAACAAUUAUUACAUAUGUAAUUUAUUUUAGGAUGUCAUGAGUAGCUCCUAGAAAGCAUUUCUGGAUUUGAUAUGCCUUUUGUGCAUCUCGGAAACCGAAACUGGCAGGACGCAUCUUUCAGGAAAUGAAAGUACUGAACUGCGUACUAAACUGAGCUAGUGAAACAUCGCUGUCCCAUCCGUAUACUUUCCCAAAAGCCUGAAAGGAUGUCAGAGAUGAGUUCAAUCCAGGACAGUUUUCAAUCGAAACUGGAUCAGCUGGAGUGUCACUUCACUUGGGACCUUAAAAAAGAGGAUCUAGUCUUGAUGGAUAUCCUCAAUAGGCUUGAGGAACAGGUCAAGUUGCGUCUAGGGAGGGAGCAAGGAGUUGCACGAACUCACUGCUCUUUAGGGUAUGUGAAAUCUCUUCUUGGGCGUGAAGAAGAGGCCCUUACUCACCUGUUGAAAUCUGAGACACUCAUUAAAGAAAGCCUCGGUGUCAACUGUGAGAAGCCUCUCAUUGUCACCUAUGGAAAUCUUGCCUGGAUAAACUACCAUUUGAAGAACUACACAGAGAGUGAAAGUUACCUGAUGAAACUUCAGAAAAUAAAUGAAAAGUUUUCAACUGAGCCUUCCUGUGUUCCAGAGGUGCUUGGUGAGAAGGGGUGGGCCUAUCUUAAAUUCUCUCGCAAAUAUUAUGACAAAGCUGCAGAAGUUUUUCAGAAGGCUGUGGAACUGGAUCCAGAAAAUAGCGAGUGGAACGCUGGUUAUGCAAAAGCUCUGUUUCGCACUGAAGCUGGUACAUUAUGCACUGUGGAUUCACCUGCAAUCAAGCAGCUGAGACAGGCCAUCGACAUCGAACCAGAUGAUGAUGCCUCUAGAGUUCUUCUGGGAGUUAAACUUUUGUUGUGUUCCAAAGAGUUGAUGAAUGAGUCUGAGAAACUGAUAGAGACAGCUCUGAAUGGCUCUCCAGAACAUCCACAUGUCAUAAGAUAUGUUGGGAAAUUCUUCAGGAAUCAAGGAUCUGUAGACAGGUCAAUUGCACUGCUAAAGAAAGCACUUGAAACAUCACAAAACUCAGGUUUCAUACACCACCAGUUGGCAAUGUGCUACAAGACCAAGAAAAUUAAUUUACAGAAAGAAAAACGAGCACAAAAUAAGUCAGAGAUAAAUAGUGCACGAAAUCAGUGCAUUUACUAUUUAGAAAAGGCAACUUCCCUAAAAGCUUCCUUUGUCAUUGCUAUGAGUGAGCUUGCACUUCAAUAUGGAGAGAAACGUGAUCUGCCCAAGGCAGAGAAACUGUUUGACAGAACAUUUCAAACAGCUAGAGAGAAAAAUGAUAGUGUGCAUGUUGUACAUUAUUUCUAUGCUGAGUUCCAGCAGUAUUCUAACAGACGUGAGGACUUAGCAAUCAGCCACUACAAGCAGUGUUUGGAAAUGAGUCCACAUACUAGUGAGGGGGAUAGAAGCGCAAAGAAACUGAAGUACAUUGCCCAGAGAUAUAUCAACGAUAAGCCAGAUGAUUGGAAGGGAAAUGAGAUACUGGGAUUCAUUUAUCAAAUGAAAGGGGAAAUGUUUGGGGACACAAAGAGCUAUGCAGCCACUUCAGGCAAUGAAGAGGAUGAUGAGUCUCUCAGUAAUCUUUGUGAGAUUAAUUGUAAAAUAUAAGCUUUCUACAAGGAUGCAUAAUUAAUUGUUAAUGGAAAAACAAUGGGUCUUAUUUGUGUAUUUAUGUGCGAAGAAAACAUGCACAUACAUUUUAUUGCUCUUGUUCUAAUGUUAAUGAAUCUAGGUGGUUCCAAAUGAGGGAGAGAGUCUCUGUAGCUGAUUUGCAUAAUCAUGCCCAAACUAUGUGCGCAUAAGGCUUUUCCAUAUAGUCCCACAUCUCUCAUUUUCUUGCUAGUUUUCUCUCGUUCUCACACACACUCCCGCCUGAGUGCAUGUGCGGGAGGAUCUUUGAGUAUGACAUUCUCAAAACUGGUUGAAGACAAAAACUUUUUAGUUUUAUUUAGAAUUGGGCCUAAAUUUGGUCAUACUUUCAGAAUGCAUUUUUGCGCACUUGAUAAUUCAUGAAUUCUGUGUGAAGAUGCUCGGAAACAGAUUUAAACUAGUGUGGAUAGUGAACAAGAUCUUUUUUUAAAUUACAGUCUUAAUUAUAGUAUGUUGUGCUGUAAGGCAAAAAAAAAAAAAACCUGUUGUAAUACAGUUUUUCAGAAUAGUAGAGUGUAUUCUAUUUAAAAAAAAAGAAAAAAAAAGUAGCCUCUUUGAACAGAAAUGAAAUGAAGGUGAUUCGGGGGCUAAAAACUAAAACUAAUGCAGCCCUGUUAAUCUUAAUUCAUAUAGUAUAUGCAGUGGUACUUCUUUUCAUUCAUAUUGAUUUUGGAGGCAUACUUCGUUUUUAGGAAACGUUUCAUUUGAAGUUUGUUAUUGAAGUUAUUAUCUUUAUUGCACUAUAGACUCUGGACAUUUAAUUGCUUAUUAGGCAAACAAAACAACGUUUCAUGAAAGCAUGAGAUUUAAAGGAGCUGAAGAAAUGUGUGUGUCCAUUGAAUCAGAUAAUGUUAUUGAUAAUAAAUAUUGUUCAUAGAUACUUAUCCUACUACUGGGGCUUUGUUUAAAAUACUGAGUAUUGUUUGAUUACAGUGGCUAAAAGCAGUGCUAUGGCGUUAGGCAGUGGUUCAUAUAUAGAUGAUAUUGCAGUUGUACUUUGUUCUUUUUAGAAGUUACUUAUUUUUGUUCCUCUGUUAGCCGUUGAUUGGUUUUCUGUUUUCUUACCUUUUAACAAGUUGAAAAGUUCUUAUGAUGGUAAUUAUUCAUGAGCACCUGCUGGUUGAUUUGAAUGUCACUAAAUGUAUUUGUUGUUUUGUAAUUUAUCUUCUUAUAUGUUCCACAGAAGAAAAAAUAAUUCAGAUUGGGAACAAGAUAACAGAAUUUCAUUUUUGGAUGAACAGUUAUUUUAAGUGCAAUUAUAGUUGCAUUACUUUUAAACGUGUAUUACUUUGACAAACUGAAAUAUAAACAAAUAAAUAAUAUAAA